UAACGGUUUGUAUUUUUAAAUACAUCUAUCGUGUAUCGUUAUGUGUAGUGAGUUGGCUCACGUGAUUCAAGUUUCGCGCUUCAGAAUUUCCGUUAAGGGAGCAUAGUGAGCAUCGAUGCUCCCUGGUUUUCACGGUGCAUUGUGGGACUUUUCAGGGAGCGACCGUUUCAGUGCCCUGGAAGGAUUCUGCGAUUGAGACAGCCCUUAAAAUGGCCGACUUCCUGGUCAGUCCCCUGACUACUGAACUAGGGAGCUGAUUGAGACACAGGGACCGUGUUCUUCUUGUUGAGUAAAUUACACGUCACAAUGAGCGGAAGAGGCAAAACCGGUGGUAAGGCUCGCGCCAAGGCCAAGACUCGUUCUUCCAGGGCUGGACUGCAGUUCCCCGUCGGCCGUGUUCACAGGCUUCUCCGCAAAGGCAACUAUGCCGAGCGCGUUGGUGCCGGUGCUCCGGUUUAUUUGGCCGCUGUGCUCGAGUAUCUCACUGCUGAGAUUCUGGAGUUGGUUGGAAACGCCGCUCGCGACAACAAGAAGACCCGUAUCAUUCCUCGUCACCUGCAGUUGGCGGUGCGCAAUGACGAGGAGUUGAACAAGCUUCUGGGUGGCGUGACCAUCGCUCAGGGUGGUGUGCUACCCAACAUUCAGGCCGUGCUGCUGCCCAAGAAAACCGAGAAGCCAGCGAAGACCAAGUAAACUGAUUGGAGGUUCUCUUCAAAAGGCUCUUUUAAGAGCCACCCAAUUUGUCUAUCAGAGUGCUUUCUUGUUUCGUCCCAUUUUUAUUUGAAUUUAUCUCGAGUCCGUUUGAUUUAAAAAAAAAAAAAAAAGAAAAAAAAAAAAAAAAUCGAAAACUACACAUGAAUUGACGGUUCUUGUUAAAGUUAAAUGGUGCCACAGGUUUAAGUUUGUUUUUUACGGAAAUGGCUCUUUUAAGAGUGGGUCGUUUUGUCUUUGAUUCUAUUCAUAAAUCACUUUUUUUUUUUUUACUCACUGCACUGUUCAUAGGGGUUUAAUUAUGAAAAUACAGUUUUUGGCACGACUAAACAGAUUAAAACUGAUAUUUACAACGAAACAUGAUGUAUCUGUACAUGUCUCCGUUUUUAUUAGUUCCACAAGUCCAACUCUGCACAUUUAAUAAGAUUUAAAGAAACAAUCACAGGU